CAUUUGUUCAUCUGUUUCCACGCGCGCGCCGGAGAGCGAGAGCCAUUGCGACUCGACACAGCGCAGUGUUCAGCAGCAGCCACUCGUGUGUCCGUGCCUCCUAUCACCUCUCGCAAGAAGUGGAUACUGAAAUUGUUUCGCCGUCGGACGUUGUGGUGUUUAAAUCCUCUUUGACUCACAAACUCAUCAUGGAGAAUGAGAACAAAUACCUUCCGCAGCUGCUGGCGGAACGCGACAGCCUGGACGCGUCGUUCACCCACGCCUUGAAACUUAUAACAGCAGAAAUUGAGAGGGUUGAGAAGGGAGAGACAGAGAAAGAUACAGAAAGCUACCUGGACCUCUUUACCCAGAAAAACAUCAAACUGAAGGAAAGGAUUCUCAUACCAGUCAAACAGUACCCCAAGUUUAACUUUGUUGGGAAGAUCCUCGGACCACAGGGGAACACAAUCAAGAGACUGCAGGAGGAAACCGGCGCGAAGAUCUCUGUGCUAGGAAAAGGGUCCAUGAGGGACAAAGUCAAGGAGGAUGGCUUGAGGAAAAGUGGAGAACCAAAGUAUGCACAUUUGUCCAUGGAGCUUCAUGUGUUUAUUGAGGUGUUUGCUCCUGUUCCUGAUGCAUAUGUGCGCAUGGCUCAUGCCAUGGAGGAGAUCAAAAAGUUCUUGUUCCCUGACAUGAUGGAUGAGAUUUGCCAGGAGCAGUUCAUGGAGAUGAAGUUUCUAAACGGUGGCCAGGAACACGGGGGCAGAGGCCGAGGAGGGCCACCAAUCAGAGGCCGUGGAGGUCUACCUCCUCCUGGAGUACCCAGGGGUCGUGGUAUGCCCCCACGUGGUGGUCGUGGCGGACCCCCUCGAGGUGGAGCCACAAGGGGAGCACCUGCAGGUAGAGGUGGACCAUCAGUCCAGCCACCCAGAGGAGCAGCCUCCAACCGUGCCCGUCCACCCGCCCCUGCGUCUCAGCGGAUGCCCCCUCCACCACCUGCGCACCCUCCGACCCAAGACUCAUACGAAGAU